ACUCUUUCUCUCUUUUUCUUUUUUCCUUUUAUUUGAGUUCUCUCUGUUUUUCGCGUAGCUGACACAAAAAACAAACUGAAUCAAACAAAAAGAAAAAUAAAAACUCUGUAUCUUCUGUCUAUGCUCUUUCUCUAACUCCAUAACCAACCAUAUCACGAUUCUUGAAAAGAAGAAAGAGUCAAUGCAAUCUGAGAAGUCUAACCUUGACUUUUUCCUCCGGUGUACCACACCAGUUGUACAAUCUCAGCUUCUUCCAAACACGGAGAUAAGGAAGUUGAACAGGUUAUGGCAUCCAUGGGAGAGAGAAGCAGUGGAGUAUUUCACUUUGGCUGAUCUAUGGAAUUCUUUUGAUGAAUGGAGUGCUUAUGGUGCUGGAGUUCCCAUAACGCUUCCCAAUGGAGAAACACUUGUUCAGUACUAUGUCCCUUACCUCUCUGCAAUUCAGAUUUUCACCAGCAACACUUUCAGGGAAGAAGCUGAAUCCGGUGACUGCGAGACAAGAGACUCAUACAGCGAUUCGUACAGCGAGGAGAGCGAGAGUGAUAAGCUAUGGAGGUGGGAUGGAACCUCAUCAGAAGAGGGAGGAUUUGAACAUGAUAAUAGCCUCUCGAAUUUGAAUGAUAGGUUGGGUCACCUCUAUGUUCAAUAUUUUGAAAGAUCAGCACCAUAUGGAAGAGUUCCUCUCAUGGAUAAGAUUACUGGGUUAGCAGAAAGAUACCCAGGGUUGAUGUCACUAAGAAGUGUGGAUCUUUCACCAGCAAGUUGGAUGGCAGUUGCAUGGUACCCUAUAUAUCAUAUCCCCAUGGGGAGGACAAUUAAAGAUCUUUCUACAUGCUUCCUCACUUACCACACACUUUCUUCAUCAUUUCAAGAUAUGGACCUUGAUGAUGAUCCAGAGGGAGCCCACUCAAAGAGAAAGCAAGGGGAAGGCAUAACACUGCCACCGUUUGGUUUAGCCACGUACAAGAUGCAAGGAAACUUGUGGGUCUCAGGGCAUUAUGGUAGGGACCAAGAAAAACUGGUUUCACUAUUCAGCGUGGCUGAUUCAUGGUUGAAGCAACUUAGGGUCCAGCAUCAUGACUUCAAUUACUUCACUGGCAUUAGGCAUUAGCCUUUCAUGCCUUGAACAAAAAUUGCAUGGGGGGAUUAGUUGACCUUGUUUUGGACCAUUAAUUGCACCUUUAAUUUCCUUUUAAUUUGUAGUUUGUUAUAACUUAUAACCCCCCUUGGAGAGCCUUUGUCUUUGUUUUUUAAAGGGCUAGACCUUUUGUGAGAGAUUUGCAUAGAAAAAGUAACUAAUGAAGUUUGACUUUGUAGCAUGUUGUGCUAAGAGGUUUCUUUGUAUUGUACAUAAGAGAGUUUGUUGAGGAGGGUCAUGUAGAGAGUGAGACUUGUGUAGAUUGUGUAAUCAAGUUGAUGUUGACCCUGAUGGUUAAUGCAAGUAAUGUAGUGGAUUAUUGUGGAGAAUUUAAUGUGCAAGUGCUACCUUUCUAUUGGA